CAUCUUCAGACAGAAGACAGUCGCAAGAGAUUAAAGUAAAAAACUGAAUAAUGGCUGACGUUAUACAAAAUAAAGUGGACAUGAGCCUCGGUAAAUUAUAUAUAAAAUAAAGUACAUAUUUCAAUCGGCAAUAAUUUAUUUUAGAUUGUUUGGCUCAUGCUCUAAUUAUACUAAAUGUAUUUAACUUGUCUACGGAAUGCAUGCGCUGAAUUAUAAUUAAUAGUUAUAGCUCUUUAAACUCUUUAAAAGUUGUUUUUUAGUACUUUCUUUAACUUUAACUUUAGAAGUAGAAGUUUAGUUAGGGUAGCUUACACCCCCUUUCAUGCUCACCCAGUCCAGUCAUUUUAGCUCUUAGUCUGAGCUCAACUCACUGGCUCAUAAAAUUAAUAGUUUAUUAUACUAAGUACAGUAUAGCCAUAGGCCUAUGCCUAUUUUACUAAGGCAAGGGACCAUUCCAAUGUUUGAUGUGGGGGGAGGGGGGGGGGGGGUCAAAACAAUGUCUGGAUUUCAAUGUGAGUCACAUUAAAAGCAACAUUGUAGUAAGACCAAAAAGCCCCAAUUAACACUAAAUUAACCAAAUUUUUAUCAUAAUUUUGUAAAAAAAAUUAUAAUUAUUUUAUUUUCAAACUAUGCUCACUGAGAGAAUCAGUAUCAGUACAGAAGUGUCAGAAGCGAGGUCAGAGAAAUGGCAUCUCCACGGAGGAGGAGAAUAGGGGUGUAGUAACUUUGACAGUCAUCAGAAUUUAUGUUGAAACGUGGAGAUGGGAAUCAUAGAAUUGGGGUUACCAGUGAAGUGAGAUGGAAUUUUUAAAAAUUUGGGGUGGGGGGCCAAGGAUUCUCCGAUUUUUCGCAGUGCUGCAUCCUCUCUCAACUUCUUAACAUCCCCCCCACCCCCCCUAAAUAAAAUAGUACCCAUAAGAAACAACUAGCAAUGACAGCAAGUGAAAUUUAUUUUCUGAGUCUUCCGCACUUUAACCAAGAACCACUGUCACUGUACUAGAGAAAUGUUUCUGACACAGGUGCAGUAAUUCGAUAUCCAUGGGAGGUGGUUUUUUCUUAAGGGUUUGUAAAAGACAGUAGUGGACAAAUGGAUUUUUUUAGGGGUGGGUGGGUGCAGAGGUUUGUGACAUUAUUUUGGAGGGAGAGUCUAACUUUCAUGCCGAUUUGUGACCAUGUAAAAAAUCUGAGAAAUUUUUGUCACAUCAUUUAUGGAUGGCCCCUAAAUACGUAAUCAUACUUAAAAUUAAAUAUUAACAGUAAUAUAUGAAUUAUAACUAAUAAUAAUAUAACCAUUUUUACUUACUAGUCUAAUGUCUAAACUUAGAAGACUUAGCUUAAUAACUUUACUUACACUUAGCUUUUAGUCAUUAGUCUUAGUAACUAUAAUUAUAAUAUAAUAUUCAAUACACUUGACCAUGGCAUACUUCUACAAAGUCUGCAAAAAACAUUCGGUUUCACAGAUACCAUCUUGAGGUGGUUCCGCUCGUAUCUGACAAUCAGUUAUGGCAAACGGCUUGACCUCAAAGCAAUCUAUUAUUGAAUUCGGAGUUCCCCAGGGCCCGAUGCUUUUCAUUAUGUACGUUCAGCCCUUGGGUGCAGUGAUCAAGCAGUUUGAUAUGCUCUAUCACAUGUUCGCGGGUUUGAUAUGCUCUAUCACAUUUUGCGGAUGAUAUCCAACUUCAGCAAUCCCUGACCCCCUCUCAGUUCCCUCAGCUUCUUAGUAUGACACAGAAGACAGUGGAGUCAGUUAAGCAAUGGAUGAACAUAAACAAACUCAAAUUGAACGAUGAAAAGAUCGAGCUGAUCCCCAUUGCUACCGCUCAAAAGCUAAAAUCUGUAAAUAACACACCACCCCUUUCUCUCUCAGGCAUACAGAUUGAAUUUGCUCAAACUGUGCGAAACUUGGGUGUUUACUUAGACAGAACACUAUGGAAAAUCACAUUAACAUGAUUUGCAAGGCGAUUUUUCUAGAGCUGCUCAGAAUUAGUCAUAUCAGGCCUUUCUUAACGUUUGAUGCAAGGCGAUUUUUCUAGAGCUGCUCAGAAUUAGUCAUAUCAGGCCUUUCUUAACGUUUGAUGCAACAAAGAGGCUGAUGUCUGCAAUCGUGCUGUCACACAUGGACUACUGCAAUGCUCUCAUGGUGGUUUUUCGCAAACGCAAAUUUUAACAUGCUAAAACACUUCUAAGAGAGUUCAUUGGCUGCCGGUCCGCGGUCGCAUAGAAUACAAAAUUGCAACUCUGUGCUACCGCUGCUUGCAUGACCUGGCGCCGUCCUAUCUCAAAGCGCUCAUGACGCCUUAUGUACCCACUAAGACAACUCCGAUCAUCCGAUAGUGGAAAACUCUUGAUAGUUGCAAGCCAUGAAAGACUUAGAAUGGGUAUUCUCGUAUGUAGUUUUUGUAAUGUUGCAUUUUGUAUUUCAAUGUAAAAUAUAGAUUUUUUCAUUUCUUUUACUUUUUUAAUAUGGGUGACUUUGUACCGCGCUUCGAGCCUUUGGGGAUGAAGCGUGAUUUUCCAAUAAGCUUUAUGAUUAUUAUAAUAUUAAUACUAAUCAAUUAUUUAUUAUUAUUAAAAUCAGUGAUAUGUAAUAAUGUCAUGGAGAAAUAACCAGCUAUUUUAUAUCAGAAAAGGCUACAUCUUGUUUCUGUAUUUUUAGCAUUGGCAAUUCAAAAUCUGUCGUUAAGCAUGUGUAUUAAUAUUAUAAUUAUAAUAAUUAUUAUAAAUAAUUAUUAGUAAUUUAAUUUUAUAUCUUUUCCUCACAAAAACAUAGCCUGGGGCUGUUAAAAAAAAAAAAAUAGGCACUAGCUAAACUAAAAAAAACUAUGGCUACAUUGAUAUAAAAAAACAAGGUAUGUGCAUGGGGAAAAACCCCAUAUUAUCAUAUUGAAAACUGAAGGAUACAGAUAGCGACUGAUUUUCACUAAGCUGGUGGCGCCCUUGGUAUUUUAAGAUCCAGCCAUAGGAAACUCCUCAAUAGUAGUAGUACUACCACUAAUUAUUAAUUAUAGAUACUAAAAACUAUUCAUUGUAGGUAGGCCCACACUAGCGACAGUGACCAAAAAAGGAGAAAACAAGUGACAUAAUUUGUUAAUACCAUUUAGGGCAGGUAUUCUUUACCUUGAAUUUUCCAUGGACCCCCUUUAUCUGUCAGAUGCAUACCAUGGACCCUUUCUGAUAACAAUGUUUUUAAAUGCAUUUAAUAAGAUUGUCCUUUUUGAAAUUGUCCUUAUUGAAAAGUAAAGCUUGUCGCUCGGAUCCCCUGAACCUUUUCAAAGGACCAAAGGUUAAGAACCUCUGCCGUGCUUUGUGUGACUGUUUAGUUUUCUUUUACUUCAUAAGUCUAUAAAGUGAUAAAUGGGGUAGGGGGCUGCUUCUUCUUCUUCUACUUCUAUAUCUUAAGGGCCCACGAUCAAUUUAUUGAUCAUUUUGGCUCCUAUGCAUGUAGAUGGGAUUUGCAAUGUUUCUGUUCCGGUGUUGAUGAGGAAAUCUCACUGAUUUCCAGUGCCACUUUGUGAGGGAAUCAUGCACUAGGGGUUUGAAGGCUUGAGGCAAUAGACACAAAUGUGUCUAGUGUUGUCACCUUUUGAAAGCUUGUUCCAGUCCCCGAUUGUCUUGGGCAGGAAUGAGCAGCUCCUAUACUGGCUUCUUGCUGGUAUGAGCCUGAAUUGCCUGUCAUGGCCUCAUCGCUACUCAUUUGUAUAUACUUAUGGGGAUUGUAGGUCCUAAACUGUACAGGUGCAAGAGGGUGGAAGGGACGUAUGAAAUUAUUACUUUUUUUGUCAUAAUACCGGCAUAUGGUGGCCCCUUAGUGUUAGAACUUAGUUUAGGCCUACUAGGAGUGGGAGCCUACUAAACUAGUAACUACUACUAGGGCUUUAUAGUUAGGAACUAAGACUAAGUAAUAAAGGGAAUUUAAUCAUGUGAAAACUUGAGUAUGUAGCUGCAAUGUAUGGUUUGUAAAAAUUAAACAAUAUACCAUACAAUAUCCAUUCAAAAUUUUACUGUUAAUAACUGUUAAGCAAAAUGUAUGAAUUUCAUAAUUAAAUAUUUCAUUGAUAAAAUGUAGUUAGGUGUGAAUUUUUAUUUUUUUUUUAAACUGAUGACUAUUUUGUAAAUUAUUGUAAGUGAUAAGAAAUUUUAUUUUAUUACAGGUUUUAGGUUCAACAGUUGUUUUUAAAUUACAUUUAUUAGUAUUAUUAGGUCAGAAAAUAAGCUUGUAUAGAGAUUGGUACAUAAUUCUGAUGAUCAGGUAUCACAAGAUGUAGAAAUAAAAAAUGAAAAAUAUUUAUUUAUUUAUUUAUUUUUUAAGUUUUUCUUUGAAUUUUAUUAACUGGUUCACGCCUCACCUUUUGGUACAAAAAAUAUUUAAGAAUAAUUAAAUACUUUUUUUUUUUGUUCUAGAUGAUAUCAUCAAGAUUUCCAAAACUGAAAAGCGGAAAGAAGCUCGCCUUGCUAAGCAACAAAAAUUUGGUGUCCCAUUUUCAAGGGGACGUGGAAAUAAUGCCGGAAUUGGAAUUGCAAGAGGACAAGUAAGAGGCCGUGGUAGAGGUAGAGGCAGAGGUAAUGCCACUCAACAAAAUGUAAAUAAAUUGAAACAAUUCAGAACCAAUCUCCAUGGUUUCAAGCGAGGCAGAGGAAGAGGACGUGGAAUUAUUCAUGUAGACACAGCUGAAAAUCUGAUCAAUCGUGUAAACAAAAACCAGGUAAUUAGCCUACAUGUAAUUAAUUAAUGUCUGGUUACAUUUAAUAAAUUUUAUAAUUCUUUAGUUUCAUUUUGUUAAUAAUUUUAAACCAGUGAAUUUUUCUUUUCCAGUUAGGGUUGCAGAGUCGAGGAAGAGGAAGAGGUAGAACUAAACUUGCAAAUCUGCAACGUACACCACUCAUUUUUACAAACAGUCAGUUGAAGCAGACGGUGCAGCAAAGUCAAAGACAGCGUUUAAAUGAAACAAAGCAGCAGGCUGCAUUGCUCAGGGAAAAGCAGUUGGCAUUGAAAAAUCUUCAGCAAGCAAAGCAGAAUUUUGAGAGUAUCAAUUUAGCACUACAGAAAACUUCAAGAGAUUAUGUUGUCAACCAGAUGCGAGGAUUGAAUACCAACCUUGUAAGAAUAAUAGUAUUUCUAUGUAGUUUUAAAAUGACUAUCUGAUCUUGAUCAGUGUAACAUUUAUUUUAUAUCAGGGAUUCUAAAAUCUGCCUUGCUUAUUCUAUAUUUGAGUUUUUGAUUGCUUUAUCUAUUCUUCAUUCUGAAAUGGAAAAGGUGUAUCAUAUGCAGCUCUUCAGAAAUUUCAAGUUAAAAUGUCUAAUUUAAAACACAUUCAAAUGGGGAAAAGCAAAAAAUAAUAAUAAUAAUUUGCCAAAAUUUAGCACAGAUCUUUUUAUUUUAAAUGUAUUUCCAUUUUAUGCUUGAGCAUCUGUUGUCCCAAAGUAAGUAAAAGUUUGUCAGUACUAGUGUCAUUGCUGUCAUGCUUUAUUAAUGAAAAAAGACCACAAUUAUUGCCUUGCUGUACUUGUUUUAUCUUGAAAUCUUUUUUUCAAAUUAAUGCACUUAUGAAAACUUGGUUAUUGGUAUUGGUUUAUAUUUUUUUUUGUAAAUAAUUUACACUUUCCUUUCCCCUUCAGACAACACCACCUUUAAAUUCAAGAGGCAGGGGCAGGAGUAGAGGUAGGGGCAGAGGAAGGGGAAGUCAAAUGUUACCCUUCACAUCAGAAUUAGAUCAUAAUAUUAUCAACACACCUAUUCGUCAAAUGAAUAAUACAUCUGUCACAGUCAUUAAUUCUACUCCACUAAAGUCAGACCUCAUCCGUGGUGGGAAAAGACGCAGGUUAAUAUGCCUCUCCAUUUGUUUAAAGGAUUACCUUCUUCUUUUUUUUUAAUUUGUGGAUUUUAAAUAAUUUUUUUUCUUUUAGUUUAAAAAUAAAAGAAAGAACUGUUCUUUUAUAAAUAAAAUUGUUUAAGAGAAACCUGUUAACAUUUAUUAUCAUACUCUGUAAAAUGUAUCUUUCAUUACUUUCAACUUAUGUAAAAUAUAUCUUUCAACUUAUACUUUUAAACACAAGAUAAAGUAAUGAAUUCUUAAGAAAUUUCUUAUACCCAUAUUUUAUUUAGUGUUUUAAUUUUAAAACAAGACAUGCUUAAUUGUUAGCUUGCUAUAAUAAUAAAUAUAGUAAUAUUGGGAGUAAUGGGAGAUAGUGAUUUAUUAAUUAAUUUUUUUUUCUGGCUAGAUGGAGGGGAGGUAAGCAAAAAACAGAACAUUUUACUAUAGAAGUUGCUAAUCAGAGGUGAGUUUUCGUCCAUCAUGGAUUAAUUUUUGUAAAAGAGUUUUCAAGAUCUUGUUACUUUACUGGACUAUUUAAAAGAAAACAUUUGCAAUAUUAAAUGUGGUCUAAAACAAUGACUGUGUGACCAGAAGUCUCUCAUACAAUAAUUCAACUAAACUGCAGGUUGAAAAUAAGAAUACUCGAAUGUACAGGGACAAUAUGGGUGCUAUUGUUAUACAACUUAAAUUGGCCUCACACAGCUUAGAUUUUUUUACAAAUAAGUUUAAAAAAAUAAAUAAAUAAAUAUAUUUGAUGAAAAUAAAUGUUAUAAUGUCUUUGAAAUUGUGUUUCAGUUUACAACCAGUGAAACAAGAAGCAACAUCUCUUGUUGAUCAACUUAAGGUGAGACAUGUAGUUUGAUCAUUUUAUUCAUACAAAUUAUUUAUACCGUUCUUUACUUGUAACAGUUUGUUUCAAGUUGUUAAUUUAUAAACACUUAACAUUGUCUUUCAUUGGAAUUUUUUAAUUGAAACUAAAAAUCUGUUAAAUUUUAGGAUUUGCAGCCAAGUACAUCCUGAAAGCUCCUAACCUUUUUUUUUCUAUCUUAAAUAUAGCUUCUCAAGCCAGCUGUCUCCACUUCUUACAAAUUCCAGAAAAGUGUUUUUGCUGCUCCAGCGGUAUGAUUCUAAGCUUUAUUAUAUAUAUUUUUUGCAUUAAUCUGUGCGUAACGCUAAUUUUGUUUUCUCAUACAUUUUAUAGUAAAAAUCUAGAUGAAUUUUUUUCGAAUUAUCUUCCUAAAGCUAUCAUCUUAUUUUAUUUAAUUUACUUUUUAAAAUAUGUAAUUAGUUUCAUAGGCCAAUGGCAUUUUUAUAUUCUUGUUUCAUUGUGAAAUGAAAUUAAUUUAUUCCCAACUUCAUUCAUAACUUUUCAAAAAAAAAAUUUCAACAGACUGGUGUUAGUUUAAAUGAAAGAUUCUCUGGGCCUUCACUUUCUUCCAGCAGUGAUGAUGUUGAAAUGAUUGAUGGGAGAAAAGUUUUUAUGUAGAGUAACAGUUCCAGGAGGAAAUCUCUGACUGAGGGGUGCCAUAUUUAGAUCACGUUAAAUGCAUUCUAAAUUUGAAGGGAGUAAUUUUGUUAUUUUAUAUUUAUUUUAAAUCAUCCCAUUUAUAUAUAUAUUUUUUAAAUAGACGAGAAAUGCAAUUUUAUUACUUUUAUUAUUUUGUUUAGCAUUUUUACUUUAACCCAGUGUUCCCAAACUAAAUAUUUGCACAUUGGGAAAUAAAAAAAAUUAAUUUUGUCCGUCGUUAGCAAAACAUGUUAUGUCUUUACUGUCAAUUGUUAAUAAUGGACACAGAGGUUUUCCUCUCUCAAGUUAAUCAGAAGUAUAUAUAUCUUCUGCUCUGUUGUGCAAUUUAAAGGAAUUUAAUGAAUUGAUUAGAUAUUGAAAAUAUGCUCAUUAGUUUUGAAGUGUAAGAGAAACAUGCCACUGCCUAAAGUAUUUUAAAAGAUUUACUAUGACAUGUUAUGAUUACAGAAGAAUACUAGUCUUUAAAUCCAGAGUUGAUGGAAUUAGACUUGUUUCACUUCUUUAUUUCUGUUAAUAGUUAAGUUAUCCUAAUAAUACUUGACUGACCAAUGUUUAAUUUGCAUGUCUCUUCAUUUCAUGUCAUAUAAUUGCAUCUGUUCAGUUGGUGGAAACUGGAAAGAUAAAUUUUUGAAUUGAGAGUCGAAAUCAGUCAUCACCAGUUUCCCAUAUGUGGGCAAACUGGCAAAUUUGAACAUUAUGUGAGUGUGAAUUUUGAAAUUCCCUGACAAAAAUGUUAGAGAAAUGUAUGAAACCUUAAGUUUAAUUUUAACUGUUUGUUUUUCCUUUUUAGUUAACAAAACAUGCUUAGUUAUUUUAUUGAUCCUGAGUUAUAAAGAAAAUGAGUAUCAGCUGAGAUCAAGAGUUCAACCUGUUUUGGUUUAUUAACAGAAGUUCAAGUAGUUCAAGUACCACCCAAAUCUACUUUUUGAAGAAAGAAAAAAAUUUAGUUUUCUAUAGCAUAGAAAAUAAAAUAGUAUUGUUUUGAAGCAUAAGUUUCAUUGUAUUAAUCAUUUAAUUGUAAGAGUAGCAUUGCAAAACCUUUUUAUGAUUGAUAGCUAGAAUGGUUUGCACAAAAUAAAUACUUUUUUUUUUCUUUUUUUUUUUCAAUGUUUUUGGUUGUAAAUUGUAGCAACUGUUCAGCUCUAAUGUAUAUAAGAAGAAACCUGCAAUUACUGCAAUGUUUUAUUAAUUUUAUGAAAGUGUAGUCCAUGUUAUGGUGAUGAGCUUAUGGGUGCCUUAUGUCAUGUUUAUUUUGUAUGUGUAAUGUUUGGGUAUCUUAGUACAUAUCUGUGAGCCAUAGUUGCAGUGCUAGUGAUUUGAAUUUGAUUGUUGUUGUGGUUUUUUUUUAAAGAAAUUUUUAGGUUUUUAAAAAAAUUAAUUAUUCCUCAAACCCGCCCAUUUCAUGAGAUGUAAAAAAAAAAAACAACUAGUAUCCCAACAAAAUAUUCCACAAAAAAUAGCAUUAUUUUAAUAUUUCUUCUGCACAGAAUCAGAAACUAUCUGACUGGUUGUCACAAGUAAAGCACUCUUCUCUUAUUUCUUUGUUUAUUGAGUCAUUUAAAAGGAAAUUCUCUCAAAAUCUAAAAGUUUUUUUUUUUGUUUUUUUUGUAAAAUGUUUUCAUUGCUUUAAAUAAAAAUAAGUAUUCAUUUGAUAAAUUGUUUUAAGACAAGUAAUGGUAGAUAAGUUCAAAUACAGAUAUUUGAGGUUUUGAAAAAAUCUGAUAAAAGUGGAAGAGAGGUUUUGAUAUAAAUAUUGAGCAUCUGAAGGAAGUGCACUUGCCGAUUUAUCAUCUAAAUGAAUCACUUUGAAUAAAUAUUGUGUGUGUAUAAUUAUAUAUAGAGUUAAAUUAAUUACUUUCGACCAGUGGUUUUCAACCUUUUUCAUCUUAAAAACAUAAAGAAUAUUAUUAACAGGUGAGCUGUAGCUUCAUGGUUCUGAUCCAGUUGCUAUUUGGGCUAAAGGUGCGGCUUUAAAAAUAAAUUAUUAAAUAAGUUUAAAGGGAUUUUUUUUUAUGUCCAUCUAGUUGUUUUUUGUUUUUUUUUAAAGACCCUAAAAUACAAUACUUUUCAUCGUAAACUUGUUAGUCAUUUAUAUCAAAAUCUUGCCACGUGCCUGUUUACCUUUGAAGACAAUUCUGUUUGGAAACCACUGCUCUAGAUAAUGAAAGUAGUUGUGACUUAAUGAUCAUGAAUAAAGGCAGCUUUAUCACACUUUCAAGAUUGUUGUGUCAAUAUCAUUGGCAGGCAGUGUUCAUGUUUAUCAGGGUACCAAUAGAGAUGUAAAGCUGUUUGUUUCUACACCAGUAU